AUGGCUUCCUCAAUCUACUACUUAUCUCCCACACUCCCCAUCCCACCACCAAAAUUUUCACUCUCGCUCCCGCUCCCGCCGUUGCAGGUGAGACCACCGAACUCCGUUCUCGUGCCAACGUCCGCUUCAUUUCUCUGCUCUUCGGGUUCGAAACUCCGCAAGAAGAACGGCUACAGGAACGACGGGGCGCUGUUCACCCUAUCUUGCUCCACCUCUGCCUCGCCCUUCUUCGGCAGAGUUGGCUCCCAGCAAAGGGAAGGGAACUCUUCUCUCUUGUACUUCGGGGCCAAUUACCCGAAUGCGGAGGCGGCCAAGACUGACGCCUCUCAGGUUUUGUCGGCAAUGCUCCCGUUCGUCGUUGCCGCCACUGCCGUCGCGGCUCUCGCUCAGCCGUCCACUUUCACUUGGGUAUCAAAGGAGAUGUAUGCUCCAGCUCUUGGUGGAAUCAUGCUGUCAAUAGGAAUUAGACUCUCCAUUGAUGAUUUUGCUCUUGCCAUGAAAAGACCUUUACCCCUGUCUAUUGGGUUUAUCGCGCAGUAUGUGCUCAAACCGGUCCUUGGGGUAUUCAUUGCAAAGGCAUUAGGCAUGUCCCAGAUGUUCUAUGCUGGAUUUGUUCUCACCUCAUGUGUUGCGGGGGCACAGUUAUCUAGCUAUGCUAGUUUUUUGAGCAAAGGCGAUGUGGCACUGAGCAUUCUCCUAACUAGCUCAAGCACCAUUGCAUCAGUACUUGUCACACCUCUUUUAACUGGCCUUCUGAUUGGCUCUGUUGUUCCAGUUGAUGCUGUUGCAAUGUCAAAGUCAAUCUUGCAGGUUGUUCUUGUUCCGGUCACUCUUGGUCUUGUGCUCAAUACAUAUGCAAAGCCAGUUGUAAAUCUGAUCCAACCAGUGAUGCCAUUUGUGGCCAUGUUGUGUACUUCGUUAUGUAUUGGCAGCCCUCUAGCAAUCAAUAGGACCCAAAUUCUUUCUCCAGAUGGUCUGGGGCUUGUUCUCCCAGUACUGACAUUUCAUGCAGUGGCAUUCACAGUGGGGUAUUGGGUCUCCAGGAUUCCAGCUUUCAGGCAAACCGAAGAAGUAAGCAGGACAAUAUCACUGUGCACAGGGAUGCAAAGCUCAACACUAGCAGGUCUUCUGGCAAGCCAGUUCCUUGGAAGCAGCCAAGCAGUUCCACCGGCAUGCUCGGUAGUUGCCAUGGCAAUCAUGGGUCUGUGUCUCGCAUCUUUCUGGGGAAGUGGUUGCCGGAUAAGAGACCUACUGUCCUCCUUCAUUCCGCAAUUCAGCUCCAUCGUAGAGGCUUAG